GAAACCGUGUUUUUUGAAAUUACACAUGUGUUGGAACUGUUACCUGGAUUGGUUGCUUGUGCUAGGUAACAGCACAGAGGAAUGUUGAGCUGAGCUCGCUGGAUUGGACAGGUCAGCAACCUACUUUUAAAAACAAAACAAAAAAACCAAACCCUACAUUCCAACAUUAAUCAUACAUCUAUUCCUCGUCUCCAUCAUUUUGUGUUGUGCUCGCUCUGUCUCUGUAAAGCGCGUUUCAGCACCCGUUACCGGCGAACAUGGAGAGGGUUAUCGGCGGGAAGUUUAAGAUUGGUCGGAAAAUCGGAAGCGGUUCGUUCGGAGAAAUUUAUAUUGCAUCAAAUAUGGAUACCUCUGAGAUUGUCGCCAUCAAGAUGGAAAGCAAGAAGACCAAACAUCCACAGCUAUUGUAUGAAGCAAAGUUAUAUAGUAUUCUUCAAGGAGAAAGUGGUAUUCCAAGUAUGAAGUGGUGUGGCACUGAUGGAGACAAUAAUGUUCUAGUUAUUGAUCUUCUGGGACGGAGUCUUGAAGACUUUUUUGUCUACUGUGGGAGGAAGUUUUCAUUAAAAACAGUUUUGAUGUUGGCCGAUCAGAUGCUGACAAGAAUAGAGUGCAUGCAUUCCAAGGGAUUUUUGCAUAGAGACAUAAAACCAGAUAACUUCCUUAUGGGUCUUGGGAGGAAAUCAAAUCAGGUUUAUAUUAUUGAUUUUGGACUAGCAAAAAGAUAUAGGGACCCUAACACAAACAAACAUAUUCCUUACAGAGAGAAUAAAAGCUUAACAGGAACUGCACGUUAUGCAAGUUGUAACACUCACAUGGGAAUUGAGCAAAGUCGUCGGGAUGAUUUGGAGUCUCUUGGCUAUGUUCUUAUGUACUUUUUAAGAGGAAGCCUUCCUUGGCAGGGUUUGAAAGCUGCCACCAAAAAGGAAAAAUAUGACAAUAUCUGUGAGAAGAAAUUAUCAACUCCCAUUGGGAUGCUUUGCAAGUCAUAUCCUGCGGAGUUUGCUAGUUACUUUCACUAUUGCCAAUCUUUAACAUUUGAUCAACACCCAGAUUAUGGAUACUUGAAGCGCUUGUUCCGUGAUUUGUUCAAAAGAGAAGGAUAUGAUUCUGACUAUAUAUUUGACUGGACCAUCCUAAAAUAUCAGCAGGCGCAACAGACAAAGAAACAAAAUCAAUCAUCUCCUUCAACUGCAGUGCCUAGCAGUCUAGAACCAGUAGUUGUGGAAAAACAUAAAGGAGUCAAUGAUUCAGCUCAUGUUACUGUAACAAAAAUGUUGGCCAAUCUCGAACGUCCAAGUGCACCACGUGUGCAGCCUAAGCCAUCUAAUGUUCAGAAUCUGGAUGCCAAGAAUCAUAUUGAGAAACAUGGUGUGAACAAUAGUCCAUCUACUUCCUCUGCCACUCCCAAAUCCUCUACAGUAAAUGCCUCGAAACCAGAAAGGCCCGCAGGAACCUCAAACCUUGGUCGUGUAUUUGGGAGUAAUGCCCGUGUUUCAAGCAGCUGGAUUCCUUCACUACGCCGAAUUUCUUCUGCCAAAUAGUAGGAUUUGAAGGCCACUUACAGCUUUUUUUCUUUUUUGCAAAUGUCGUGUACAUAUGUUGUCCACCAGAGGAACAUUAGACUGUAAUGAAAAGCAAGAUACACUGACAUGACAAGCUUCCUGCACAUGACACUAUUACCAAAUGUAUUGGCAGAUACAUUGUUGUGGAGUGAGGUGGAUGCUCUCAAUUUUAAGAUUUGGAAAGAGGGAAAGUAAGGGAGUAUGAACGAUUUUGAAGAACGAGGUAUGCUGUGGAUGUCUACACACGAGGUUCAGGGUAAUUUGGUUGGUGGGCCUUAAAAUGUGAGAGUUUGGCAGGUUUUUUCUCUCCUAAUAAUGAUGAAUCAAACAUGUAUGAGUGAGGGGAAGCCACAAUCAUUCUUAUUGUACCCGUCUUUUUUUUUUUCCUAUUCAUCUUUUGUUUUUCAAACAUUCAGUAUACAAAUUCGGUUGUCUUUUCCUUUGUACAGUUUGUUUUGCAUACAAUAUAAUCACAUUGUACCCCAAUCCCAACAAGGGAAUUAUUCACAAGUCAAUCCUAUUCAUAGCUAUUUGAAACUAA